UGCUCUCACCGCUGCAGAAUGCAAGCCGGAGUCGACGCUUCCAAGGAAACAGAUAUGCAGAUAGAAGAGGAUCGAGAUUUAAGCAGCGUCGUCCAUUCCUUUUGACUAUGCGAUACUGCAAAGACCGACCAGAAACAAUUUAUUUGUAAUAUUUGCAGGGCAUCAUGAUUAAGACAUAGGCAGCAGUACAAGGAAUACAUAAUAAAGGAAACACUGGUCACAGGGUGUCUGUCCAGGUGAGAGGGGGGCGAGAGGCUAGCCAUGCCGCUGGUGAAGAGGAGCAUCGAGCCCAGGCACCUGUGCCGGGGGGCUCUGCCAGACGGGGUGACCAGCGAGCUAGAGUGUGUCACCAACAGCACCCUAGCCGCCAUCAUCAAGCAGCUGGGCAGUCUCAGUAGACAUGCUGAGGAUAUCUUUGGAGAGCUGUUCAAUGAGGCCAACAGUUUCUACAUGCGGAUGAACAGCCUGCAGGAGAGGGUGGACCUGCUGGCUGUCAAGGUCACACAACUGGACUCCACUGUGGAGGAAGUGUCUCUGCAGGACAUCAACAUGAGGAAGGCCUUCAAGAGCUCUACCAUCCAGGACCAGCAGGUGGUCUCCAGGACCUCCAUUCCCAACCCAGUGAUGGAGAUGUACCAUCGCUGUGAUAAACCGCCACCCCUCAACAUCCUGAGUCCUUACAGGGAUGACAAGAAGGAUGGGCUCAAGUUCUACACAGAUCCUUCCUACUUCUUCAACCUGUGGAAAGAGAAGAUGCUCCAAGCCACAGAAAACAAAAGAAAGGAAAAGAGGAGGCAAAAGGAGCAGAAACAGGUGGAGGACCCCAGCCGGGAGGUGAAGAAGGUGCGCAAGGCACGGAACCGGCGCCAGGAGUGGAACAUGAUGGCCUACGACAAGGAAUUCCGCCCGGACACCCGGCUCACGCCGUCACCCUAUCAUGGCAUGUCGUCCGAGGGCUCCCUCUCACCUGACAAUAGGUCAGUGAUGUCAGAUGUGGGUGAGCACUCCUUCCCUGCCAGUCCAAACCACCCCUCCCAGCAGGUCAGUGGAUCCAGCUCCUACAGUGCAGCAGAGGGCAGAGAGCUCCUCACAGCCCCCUCCCAGACCCAGUCCCUGGACCGUGCCUACCGGCCCCCUGCUACCGCCCCCGGCAGACAGGCCAACUCCCUGGGCCGCGUGCAGCCCCCCCACGGCCCCCCGCCCAUUGACCCCGCUCUCAACGGUCCCCGCCCACAAGCUGUCAAGGACUACAGUGGCCAGCAGAUGCCGGAGGGCUUCGUGCCGCCCGCACCGCCCCCGCCUCCGCCACUCAUCCCCUCUGCCCAGACGGCGUUCGACAGCCCGGCCAUACCCCCUACCCUGCCCCCCAGCACCAUGGCUGCCAUGUCCCGCCCCUACAGCCCGUCUCCUCCCCCCGCCCCUCCCUCUUCCUAUGUCCCCUCUCCGUCCCACCCUCCCUCUGGCGGCCCUCCGGUGGCUCCACCUCCACCGCCGCCUGGCCCGCCGACUCACGUCCUCUCCCCGGCUCGUGCCGCGGCGCCCCCCUCUGGCGAGGUCCUGCCUAGGAAGGGUCAGGUCCCGCUCAUACCCAUGAGUGACGCACGCAGCGAUCUGCUAGCGGCUAUCCGCAGAGGUAUCCAGCUGCGGAAGGUUCAGGAGCAGCGAGAGCAGGAGGCCAAGAAGGAGCCUGUGGGCAACGACGUGGCCACCAUCCUGUCGCGCCGAAUCGCCGUGGAGUACAGCGAGUCGGACGACGACUCCGAGCUGGAGGAGAACGAGUGGUCAGACUGAGCACGCAGGGGGGAGGACCCCGAACGCACUCUUACAGUACACUCUGCUGCUAUUCCGAUUCCAGGACACCCCCCUCCCCCACCACUACCACUGCUUCUGUGAAAGUCCAGCAUAGUCUAGAGAGAGGAGACAAUGAGAACGCACACAGUUCAAGCGGUCCUCUAUUAAUGAGCCUCACCACAGCACAUUUUCACUGCAGCCUCAUUGAGCAAGUGAUUACCUUCUGUCAUAUACAAAACGUGGUGAAACAGACAAUCUUAAUUUUUUUCCUCUGAAAUCAUGCAUUACAUUACAUUCAUUUAGCAGACACUCUUAUCCAGAGCAAAACAUGCAAAACAUUGUCUCCACACCACCUCCACCCAUGGCCUUUGUCUAAGAAUAGGCCUUCCAUGAUAGUCUCUUUUCACAACAUUUUCACAAUAACAGGUGCUUACUGGGAAUCCAGACAGUCCCUCAGGACACACCACCACUCCAAAUCGACCGAUUCUUCUUUUAGAAGAAAAUGGGUUAAGCACCUAUAUUGAUGGUGCAACUAUAGCAUUCCAAUCAUUUGGAAUCCAUGUCCCCGUCCUCUGGAUUCAGGUACUCUGACCCCUCUGCUCAUUGGUUUUGCACAGUAGGGUAAAUUAGGAAAUUAAUUGAUGAAUGACUUAAUUAGCAUUUUGGAAAAUAAUUCCAAAUGAUUGUAGAUACACAAUAUUAACAACAAAUGAUUCCAGUUUAGCCUGAUAUCUGUGGAGACUAGAUGUAAAAUGUCCGUUCUAUUGAUCCAUUCCAGUAGCUGCAUCUGCAAACCUGUAUCUGAAUUCAGACAGUAAUCACUUUCUUCUGAUGACAGUACCAGGAACACGGAGGUCUAGAAAAAGCUCAGAGAUCAUAUACUGCACCAAUACAGCAGCUGGAUGUGAAAUAGCAUUGAUCUAUUACAUAAUAUUUGUCAGAUAUAAAAACAAUAACUAAUACUUUGGGUUAUGUAACUGUUUCAAAAUAAUCAAUAGUGUCCAUUGUAGAUAUUACACCAAAUAUGUUAGGAAAAAAAUACAUUUCAGGUUUCAACAUGUGAUCACUGUGCUCAAUACAGGUUAAAACAGCAUUUUAUAAUACAGAUUACAUCAGAUCAUUUAAGAUUGAACAAAGAUGAAAGUGGAUUUUUGGCCUACUCACUCCCUCUGCCUUGGUUUGUUCUGGGUCUGGUGCCCUCUAGUGGUCAAUGGGUCAGAACCAGGUGGGUCUUUUGUAUUCCUGUCAAUAUUCCAUGCAUUUGUUUUCUUGUUGCCAGAAUAAUAAUACAUUUAAGAUUAUAAGAAAUUUUAUCUAUAAAGGAAUGGAUACUGAAAUUUAAUUAUUUGGGGAGUAGGUGGACUCUAGGACAAAGCAGUGAGACGUACUUGUUUUUAUCGUUAUAUACAAAGCAGUUUUUCCCCAUGUGUAAUCAGUGAUGCCAUAUUUGUUUCCGUUGUAACAUUCUUUUCUAUUUUUAUAAUUUAGUGGUUGAGUAUUUAUAUAUUAACUGGCAUAAAAGUUAUUUGGAGAGUUGAAGACGCAAUUAGUAUUAGAUUGGGUGAUCACAUGCAUCAAACUCUCUCAGCCUUGUGAAUUCUUCCCACAGUUCACUGUAGAACUCAUAAGUCUGAAAACCAUCACACAGUUGCCUAUUUGCAAAUAACACUAAUUGUGAGAGAGAGAAAGAGAGACUUCCAUGCCUUUUUGUUUUUCAGUGCUUGCUAAAACAAUGUAUUGUUUCUAUUUACCACUUGGAGAUAUGACAGUUUGUCAGUGGAGGUUUAGUUUUUUUGUUGUCUUUGUUUUAAUAUGCCACAGGGAUAGCUGAGAAAAGGGAUAACGCAACUGUCAAGUAUACUGAAGUAAAAAGUAUGUAUGGCUGGCAGUUUUUAAGUACUCGUGUUUUUAAAUGAACUGUUGUAUAGAUUUUCGUAACACAGCUUGUAAAGUAACUAGAUAUCCAGAUAAUAAUUGUCUGUAUCACAUGGAGUUAAAUGUAGGCAAUCAUGCAUGUAUG